CGUUUCGCCACGUUUGCGCGCAUGCGCACUGCUCUCCUGUUUGUGUUCCGGGGUCCGUCAUCCAACACAGUGCUAGAUUUCCUUACUACUGUAUUAUUUUUCACUUAUUCUACAUUUUCUACGCGGCUUACGUAAAUAGCUGUCAGCUUGUGUUGAAGCACAGGACGUCUGUGAGUAUGAACUUCUUCAGAGGAGUGAUUACAGGGCAGGCUACCGGGCCGCAACCAACAGGAGCGGAGACGAUCCAGAAGUUGUGUGACCGAGUAGCCUCUUCAACACUCCUGGAGGACCGCAGAGAUGCUGUUCGGGCUCUUAAAUCUCUCUCUAAGAAAUACCGCAUGGAAGUCGGCACACAGGCAAUGGAUCACCUGAUAAACAUCCUGCAAACUGACAGAUCUGACUCGGAAAUCCUUGGAUAUGCUUUGGACACACUCUACAACAUCAUCUGCAAUGAUGAGGAGGAAGAACAAGAUGAAUCAGAAGAUGAGAAUGCUCAGAAGCAGACUGAUGACCUCGGAGCCCAAUUUACAGAAAAGUUCAUCCAGGACCCGGAGCACAUAACGCUGCUCCUCACGCUGCUGGAGGAGUUUGACUUCCACGUCCGUUGGCCCGGGGUUAAAUUACUGACCGCUCUCCUAAAGAACCAAGGCGUUCAGGUGCAGGGGAUUGUCCUCGUCAGCCCCAUGGGUGUUUCCAGACUGAUGGACCUGUUGGCAGACUCUAGAGAAGUCAUUCGCAAUGAUGGCUUGUUGCUGCUGCAGCAGCUGACCAAAGGCAAUGCAGCCAUUCAGAAAAUUGUGGCAUUUGAGAACGCGUUUGAGCGUCUCCUGGAGAUCAUUUCAGACGAGGGUUGCAGUGAUGGAGGUAUUGUGGUGGAAGACUGUUUGCUGCUGCUUCUGAAUCUGUUGAAGAACAACAGCUCUAACCAAAACUUCUUCAAGGAGGGCUCCUACAUCCAGAAAAUGAAGCCUUGGUUUGAGGUUGGUGACGAUAACUCGGGCUGGUCCGCCCAAAAGGUCACAAACCUCCACCUCAUGCUGCAGCUAGUGCGAGUGAUGGUGUCGCCUGUGAACUCACCUGGAGCCACCGCCAGCUGUCAGAAGAGCAUGUACCAGUGUGGCUUGUUGCAGCAGCUUUGCACCAUCCUCAUGGCCACCGGCGUUCCUGCUGACAUCCUCACUGAGACCAUCAACACGGUUUCAGAGGUCAUCAGGGGGUCACAGGUCAAUCAGGACUACUUUGCUUCAGUCAACGCUCCUUCAAACCCACCAAGACCGGCCAUCGUGGUGCUGCUCAUGUCCAUGGUGAACGAGAGGCAGCCGUUCGUGCUCCGCUGUGCUGUCCUUUACUGCUUCCAGUGUUUCCUUUACCGAAAUCAGAAAGGCCAGGGGGAGAUCGUGUCAACCCUGCUGCCCUCCACCAUCGAUGCUAACUCCAUCUCAGCAGGCCAGCUGCUGUGCGGAGGCCUGUUCUCGGUGGACUCUCUUUCUAACUGGUGUGCCGCCGUUGCUUUGGCUCAUGCCCUGCAGGACAACCUCACCCAGAAGGAGCAGCUGCUGAGGGUCCAACUGGCCACCAGUCUGGGCAAGCCACCGGUCUCCUUGCUGCAGCAGUGCACCAACAUCCUGUCUCAGGGUGAUAAGAUCGUCCGUAGGGGUAGUAAAGUUCAGACCAGAGUGGGCCUUCUCAUGCUGCUGUGCACUUGGAUCAGCAACUGUCCCAUUGCUGUCACACACUUUCUACACAAUCAGGAUAACGUUCCUUUUCUGACAGCUCAGAUUUCAGAGAACCUGGGGGAAGAUGAGAGGCUGGUGCAGGGCCUGUGUGCACUGCUGCUUGGUAUCUGCAUCUAUUAUAAUGACAACUCACUGGAAAACUACACCAAGGAGAAGCUAAAACAGCUGAUCGAGAAGCGCAUCGGAAAGGAGAACUUUGUGGAGAAGCUCGGCUUCAUCACCAAACACGAACUGUAUUCUCGGGCGGCUCUGAAGCCGCAGCCCAUCUUCCCGUCUCCAGAGCAGAUGCUGUUUGACCACGAGUUCACCAAGCUGGUCAAAGAGCUGGAAGGUGUGAUAACAAAAGCAGUUCACAAGUCCAGUGAGGAGGAUAAGAAGGAAGAAGAGGUGAAGAAGACAUUAGAGCAACACGACAACAUCGUAACUCAGUACAAAGAGUUGAUCAGAGAGCAGGAUGCUCAGAUCCAGGAGCUGAAGGAGCAGGUAGCAUCCAUGACCACCCAGACUGACCAGAUGCAGGCAACAAUCAGCCAGCAGCUGUCUCAGAUCCAGCAGCACAAAGACCAGUACAACAUCCUCAAACUAAAACUAGGUAAGGACAGCCAGAGUCAGCCCAGCACUCAGGCAGAUGGCUCUCAGGUGAACGGGCUGCAGACAGAAGAGCUGUCUCAGCUCAGGGAGGAGCUGGAGGAGCUCCGCAAGCAACACACACUUCUUCAGACACAAGUCGGUGACAAAGACGCCCUCAUCGACAGCCUGAAGUCAGCAGCACAGACAUCUGAGAGUUCAGGAGGAGGAUCAGCCAACACAGAGCUGCUUCAGGAAUUGGAAGCUUUAAAGAGUCAGGUUCAGUCCCAGUUGGCUGAUAUCAACCAGCUGAAGACUGAGAGACAGGAGCUGCUGAGACGAGCUGAAGCAGGGGCCGCUGACGCAGCGCCCUCUAGUGACGGCACAUCAGACGCCAUCAAAGAACUGGAGAGCCGGCUCUCAGCACAGAUGUCUGAGACGGAAAGACUGAAGGAGAGCCAGGCGGGGUUGGAGCAGCAGCUGGCUUCUGCCACGAGCACCGUGGCUAUCCUGCAGACGGAGAAGUCGAAGCUGCAGAGUGAGCUCCAAGAAUCCAAGAAGGAGCAGGAUGACCUGCUGAUGCUGCUGGCAGACCAGGACCAGAAAAUCCACGGCCUGAAACAGAGACUCAAAGACCUGGGAGAGCCGGUGGAAGAUGAAGAUGACAUCGACGCCAGGGAGCAGACAUCCGACGAGGAGGACGAAGACGAGGACUAGAAACACUGAAAGGUGUGAUGUGAAUCUGCCUCCCAAGAGAGAAGAAGAGACUGUCGAAAGUCGCCUGAGAAACUGAGGAAUAGGACUAAUAUAUAUAUAUAUAUAUCACAGCAGGUUCUCCACCAAGCUGCCAUGCUGUCUUCAUAAUUCUCAUCACAUUCUCAUAUUUAACAUUCGGAAAGUUUUUGUUCAUGUUUGUUUUUCAGUGAUUUAAACUCGUUGGUGCGUUCAUCUCCACAAAACCUCUGUGACCAGUUCUGCUUGUCUUCUGUUCUUUAGUUGUUUUUAAUGCACAGUCUAAUCUGGGAAAUCUAAAGAGGAGGGAUUUAAAACGUAGCGAUAAAAGAUGAUUAUUAAUUUAGUGUUUUGUGAGCGUCUCUCCUGCGUUCUGCUCACAACUCUUCUCUGUGCUCCACCCUGGAUUCAUCCGCCUCCACGCCCAGUACAAGGUUAGUAUUACGGAGCUCUUUCCUUUCACCUCGACGGCUCAACACGACUGCUCUGCAACAUGCUGCAAAACACUGACGACAUAAAAAAACAUGCUAAGAUGUAUUUUUGCAACCCCUUUUGACCCAGUUCUGGCAUUAAGCUUCUGUAUGAUAUUCUGUAACUUAUGAGUUUAAAGAAAAACCUUGAAAUGAAUAAAAAAUCUAUCUGUAUGCCAUAUGGAGGAAAAAAAUGUAGGUACAUUUUAAUAAAUCCACAAUAAAAUGUUUUGGUCUUA